GCUGCCGCUCCCCGGCGGAGGCAAGAGGUGGUUGGGGGGACCAUGGCUGACGUUUUCCCGGCCAACGACUCCACGGCGUCUCAGGACGUGGCCAACCGCUUCGCCCGCAAAGGGGCGCUGAGACAGAAGAACGUGCACGAGGUGAAGGACCACAAAUUCAUCGCCCGCUUCUUCAAGCAGCCCACCUUCUGCAGCCACUGCACCGACUUCAUCUGGGGGUUUGGGAAACAAGGCUUCCAGUGCCAAGUUUGCUGUUUUGUGGUUCACAAGAGGUGCCAUGAAUUUGUCACUUUUUCUUGUCCGGGUGCGGAUAAGGGACCCGACACCGAUGACCCCAGAAGCAAGCACAAGUUUAAAAUCCACACCUACGGAAGCCCCACCUUUUGUGAUCACUGUGGGUCCUUGCUGUAUGGACUUAUCCAUCAAGGGAUGAAAUGUGACACCUGUGACAUGAACGUGCACAAGCAGUGUGUGAUAAACGUGCCCAGCCUCUGCGGGAUGGACCACACGGAGAAGCGGGGCCGCAUCUACCUGAAGGCAGAGGUCACCGACGAGAAGCUCCAUGUCACUGUACGAGAUGCAAAAAAUCUAAUUCCUAUGGAUCCAAAUGGGCUUUCAGAUCCUUAUGUGAAGCUGAAACUUAUUCCUGAUCCAAAGAAUGAAAGCAAACAGAAAACCAGAACCAUCCGCUCCACACUAAACCCCCAAUGGAAUGAGUCCUUUACAUUCAAAUUAAAACCUUCGGAUAAAGACCGACGGCUGUCCGUAGAAAUCUGGGACUGGGAUCGAACAACAAGGAAUGAUUUCAUGGGAUCCCUUUCCUUUGGAGUCUCGGAGCUGAUGAAGAUGCCGGCCAGUGGAUGGUACAAGCUGCUUAACCAAGAGGAAGGUGAGUACUACAACGUACCCAUUCCAGAAGGGGAUGAAGAAGGCAACGUGGAGCUCAGGCAGAAAUUCGAGAAAGCCAAGCUUGGCCCUGCUGGUAACAAAGUAAUCAGUCCUUCAGAAGACAGGAGACCACCUUCCAACAACCUGGACAGAGUGAAACUCACCGACUUCAAUUUCCUCAUGGUGCUGGGGAAAGGGAGUUUUGGAAAGGUGAUGCUUGCUGACCGGAAGGGCACAGAGGAACUGUAUGCUAUCAAAAUCCUGAAGAAGGAUGUGGUGAUUCAAGAUGACGACGUGGAGUGCACCAUGGUGGAGAAGCGAGUCCUAGCCCUGUUGGACAAGCCCCCGUUCCUGACACAGCUACACUCCUGCUUCCAGACAGUGGACCGGCUGUAUUUCGUCAUGGAAUACGUCAAUGGCGGGGACCUCAUGUACCACAUUCAGCAAGUAGGAAAAUUUAAGGAACCACAAGCAGUAUUUUAUGCAGCAGAGAUUUCCAUUGGAUUGUUCUUUCUUCAUAAAAGAGGAAUCAUUUACAGGGAUCUGAAGUUAGAUAAUGUCAUGCUGGAUUCGGAAGGGCAUAUCAAGAUUGCCGAUUUUGGGAUGUGCAAGGAACACAUGAUGGAUGGAGUCACAACCAGGACCUUCUGUGGGACACCAGAUUACAUCGCCCCAGAGAUAAUCGCAUAUCAGCCAUAUGGAAAAUCCGUGGACUGGUGGGCCUAUGGCGUCCUAUUAUAUGAAAUGCUAGCCGGGCAGCCUCCCUUUGAUGGCGAAGAUGAAGACGAGCUGUUUCAGUCCAUAAUGGAGCAUAACGUUUCUUAUCCCAAAUCCUUGUCCAAGGAGGCCGUUUCCAUCUGCAAAGGACUGAUGACCAAACACCCAGGCAAGCGGCUGGGUUGCGGGCCGGAGGGGGAGAGAGACGUGCGGGAACAUGCCUUCUUCCGAAGGAUCGACUGGGAGAAGCUGGAGAACAGGGAGAUCCAGCCGCCCUUCAAGCCCAAAGUGUGUGGCAAAGGUGCAGAAAACUUUGACAAGUUCUUCACGCGAGGGCAGCCUGUCUUAACACCACCUGAUCAGCUGGUCAUUGCUAACAUAGACCAGUCUGAUUUCGAGGGGUUCUCGUAUGUCAACCCCCAAUUUGUGCACCCCAUCUUGCAGAGCGCAGUAUGAAACUCACCACUGAGAACCAACGCCUCCCCAGCCCCCAGCCCCCCAACAGUGGGAAGUGAUCCUUAACCCUAAAA